UCAAGCGGCAGUUCCAUACAUAUGCGGACAAACUUUCAUUCGCUGCCGUCGGAAUAAAAAAAAUAUGUACAAAUAAAGGAUCACAGGUCUGUGCACGGCGAGUUCGACCUCUGCUGCCUCUGUAGUUACUCCCGGAGCACUCCAACCUAAGCGUUGCAUGCACACAGCAUCGUAUGCUUCAAUGUUCAAACCCGAAGCAAGAAAUAGUUCCACCUCGUCUACAAACCGAUUGGUUCUAGCUGCCAGGAAAGGCCCUGCUGCAUCAGACAAAGUUCAGACAAAGAGUUCAUUGAAAUUUUGCACGUUUUCAAGCACUUUAAUGUUGUUCUUUCUCGUAUCUUGUCCAAAAGAACUCAAAAGACGGGAACUAAACUUUGGAACAUUAUUCGAUUUUUCAAUUGAAGAUCUAGGGAGUAACACACAUCACCUUAUCAGGGAUGAAUUAAUCACGCCAUUCACUCUUGGAAAAAUGCAGAAGCAUGAGUGAAUUGAAACAAAUACAUGGGCUGAUGAUCACCACCUCUGUUGUUAACAAUGUAAUCCAGCUAAGUAGGCUUAUUGAUUUUUGUACCAAUUCCGAGACGAGAAACCUCGGCUACGGGAAGAAAGUUUUCCGGCGGAUCAGUCAGCCUAGUGUCUACAUCUGGAACUCAAUGAUCAGAGGCUACUCCAAUAGUGAGAACCCGGUUGAGUCUUUGAUUAUGUACAGAAAAAUGCUGCAUAGGGGUUACUUGCCCGACAAUUUUACUUUCCCAUUCGUGCUUAAAUCGUGUUCUGUGAUCGCUGAUUACCGUUAUGGAAAAUGUGUUCAUAACUGCAUUGUGAAAACUGGGCAUGGGUUGGAGGUCUAUGGCUCUACUUGUUUGCUUAGAAUGUAUGCUUCAUGUGCAGAUAUGGAAUCUGCACUCAAGGUGUUUGAUAUUAUUCCCAAGUGGAAUGUAGUUGCUUGGACUAGUUUGAUUUCUGGGUUUGUUAACAACAGUCGGGCUAUCGAGGCUAUGAAGGUGUUCAAGGAUAUGGAACUUCACAAUGUACAGCCUAAUGAGAUCACCAUGGUGCAUGUUGUAGUCGCUUGUGCACGAAGUAGGGAUAUUGAUACAGGAAAGUUGGUUCACAGUCGUAUUCACCAACUAGGGUUUGAUCCAUUUGGUUCAAGUUUUAACUUUAAUGUAGUUCUUGCAACUGCCUUAUUAGAUAUGUAUGCAAAAUGUGGCAGCUUGAGAACUGCAAGGGAUCUGUUCAACAAAAUGGCUCAAAAAAACUUGGUUACCUGGAAUUCGAUGAUUAGUGCUUAUAAUCAGUAUGGCCGGGCUGAGGAGGCAAUCGAUCUCUUUUCUGAUAUGCGGAUUGCUGGUUUUGUUCCAGACCAAACUACCUUUCUAGGCGUAAUAGGUGCUUGUGUGCAGUUGGGGGCUUUGGCAUUCGGACGAAGUCUUCAUUCAUAUGUAUCGAAAACUAGCAUGUGCAAAGAUACUACAAUUGGGACUGCCUUAGUUGACAUGUAUGCUAAAAUUGGAGAUGCAGGAAGUGCUCGAAGAAUUUUCGAGAACUUGCAGAAGAAAGAUGUGAUGGCAUGGACUAGCAUGAUUAUCUGUUUAGCUGCGCAUGGACACGGUAUGGAAGCUCUACAUACAUUCAGAAAAAUGCAAGAGGAUGCUAGUGUUAUUCCAGACCAGAUCACUUACAUUGGGGUUUUAUCGGCAUGUAGCCAUAUCGGUCUUGUAGAGGAGGGUCAGAGACAUUUUGCCUCAAUGGUAAAUCUUUACAGCAUAAAGCCGACUGUGGAUCAUUAUUGCUGCAUGGUUGAUCUUCUGAGUCGAGCAGGCCGCUUUGAUGAGGUGAUGACACUGCUGGAAGAGAUGCCGAUCCAACCCAAUGUUGCUGUCUGGGGAACUCUCUUGAACGGCUGCGAGAUACAUGAAAAUGCUGAUCUAGCUGACGAAGUAAGAAGAUACAUAACAGAGAUGGAACCUCAUGGCAGUGGAGUUUAUGUUCUGCUGUCCAAUAUAUACGCUAGGGCUGGUCGAUGGCAGGAAGUAAAUCGGAUUAGAGAACUGAUGAAAAACAGGAAUAUUGCCAAAAAUCUCGGGCAUAGUUCGGUCGAAAUGGAGUUGUUAAGUUCGUAAGUGUACGAAAACAUUCCAAGAUGAGAUAUAUUGUGUAUGUUCUGCCUGUCAUAAUCUCAGAAGAGCAGGUAUGUCCAAGGCCUUGGUCAUUAGUGUUCAACUGAAACAGAUAUUUCAAUCCCAAUACUUCGAAAUCCUCCGGAAAAUCUCGAUAAUAAUUGAGAAAAAUUAUCGGGAGUAAGCUGUACCGAAGAGGAUCAGAUCGAAGUUACUUAUAGUGCAAACUGCAGGUUGCCACGGUUGUGCGAAUGGGAAGACCUUCCAUUCCCAAAACUGUGGCAACCUGAAGUUUGCAAUGGAAGAAUGAGACCAUUGCCAGCAACAGCCUUGAAGAAUGUUCACAAUUGUAACCAACUAGAACGUCAUAGCAAAUGGUCGAAGAAAAGCUGAAGGUCUCAGGAUUUCUUGUAUUCUUUGAGGUAUCCUGUACUUCGGAGUUUUUAGCUGUUAGAUUUUAGGUUGAGGAUAAAAAUGACUCCAACAACAAAAAACCUCGAAGUAUAGGAUACAUGGAGCCAGGGUUCUAGAAGGCGCUAGUCAGGUGGCGAGUAAGAGCCUAACGCCUAAGCAUCUAGGCAGGGGUCUAUGCGGUUUUUUAAUAUUAAUUAAAUUUAUUAUAUAACAUAUAAAUAA